AGGAGCUCAGUGAUUUACUACAGGAUCCAAACUGUCAACUGAAGACACUGAGGUUUUUGGGUCCUGCUGCAGAUGAAGCCUGUCAGUAUGUGACUGAAAUUGUGGGUAAAAACCUGUUACUCCUGAAAGAGCUGAAUCUAAGUGAACAUAAACUAGGAGACAGACGAGUGAAUCAGAUUGCUGCUCUACUGCAGGAUAAACACUGUAAACUCAACAAACUGAUUCUGCGUAAGUGUGGUCUAACAGAGGAAAGCUGUUCAGCUCUAGCUACAGUCCUGAGAUCAAACUCCAGUCUGAAAGAACUUGACAUGAACAAGAAUAAUCUGCAGGAUUCAGGAGUGAAGAAACUCCAGAACGGAUUAGAAGACACAAACUGCACACUGAAGAAACUCAGUCUUUCAGACUGCAGUAUCACUGAAGAAGGUUAUAAAGCUCUGGCUUCAGCACUAAGAUCAAAUCCUUCACACCUGAUAGAGCUGGAUCUCACAGGAAAUGAUCCUGGACAAUCAGGAGUGAAGGAGCUCAGUGAUUUACUACAGGAUCCAAACUGUCAACUGAAGACACUGAGAUUUUUGAGUCCUGCUGCAGAGGAAGCCUGUCAGUAUGUGACUGGAAUCGUGGGUAAAAACCCGUUACUCCUGAGAGAGCUGAAUCUGAGUGAACGUAAACUAGGAGACACACGAGUGAAUCAGAUCACUGCUCUACUGCAGGAUAAACACUGUAAACUCAACACACUGAUGCUGUGUAAUUGUGGUCUAACAGAGGAAAGCUGCUUAGUUCUCGCUACAGUCCUGAGAUCAAACUCCAGUCUGAAAGAACUUGACAUGAGCAACAAUAAUCUGCAGGAUUCAGGAGUGAAGAAACUCCAGAGCGGAUUAGAAAAUACAAACUGCACACUCAAGAAACUAAGACUCUCAGACUGCAGUAUCACUGAAGAAGGUUAUAAAGCUCUGGCUUCAGCUCUGAGAUCAAACCCUUCACACCUGAUGGAGCUGGAUCUUACAGGAAAUGAUCCUGGACAAUCAGGAGUGAAGCAGCUCAAUGAUUUAUUGCAGGAUCCAAAAUGUCAACUGAAGACGCUGAGGUUUUUGGGUCCUGCUGCAGAUGAAGCCUAUCAGUAUGCGACUGAAGUUCAGGGUGAAAACCCGUUACUCGUGAGAGAGCUGAAUCUGAGUUUACAUGAACUAGGAGACACACGAGUGAAUCAGAUUGCUGCUCUACUGCAGGAUAAACACUGUAAACUCAAUGCACUGACUCUGUGGAAUUGCAGUAUUACAGAGAAACAGUGUCUCAUCCUGACUUCAGCUCUGAAAUCAGAACCAUCACACCUGAGAGAAAUGGACCUCAGUGUGAAUAAACUGGAAAACACAGGAAUGAAUCACUUAUGUGACGUACUGAAGGAUUCACACUGUAAACUGGAGAGAUUGAGAUUAAGCUUCUGUGGUUUGACAGAUGAAGGUUGUUCUGCUGUGACUUCAGCUCUGAAAUCAAACCCAUCACACCUGAGAGAACUGAUCCUGACCGGGAAUCAAAUAAAAAACACAGGAGUGAAUCACUUAUGUGACGUACUGAAGGAUUCACGCUGUAAACUGGAGAGAUUGAGUCUGUGGAGCUGCAGUAUUACAGAAAAACAGUGUCUCAUCCUGACUUCAGCUCUGAAAUCAAACCCAUCACACCUGAGAGAACUGGACCUGAGCUGGAAUCAAAUAAAAAACACAGGAGUGAAUCACUUAUGUGACGUAUUGAAGGAUUCACGCUGUAAACUGGAGAGAUUGAGUCUGAGUGUAUGCAGUAUUACAGAGAAACAGUGUCUCAUCCUGACUUCAGCUCUGAAAUCAAACCCAUCACACCUGAGAGAACUGGACCUGAGCUGGAAUGAACUCGGAGACUCUGGAGUGAAAAACCUCAGUGAUCUACUGAUGAACACACAAUUCAAGCUGGAGAAACUAGAUCUGUGUUAUUGCAGUAUUUCAGAGAAACAGUGUCUCAUCCUGACUUCAGCUCUGAAAUCAAACCCAUCACACCUGAGAGAACUGGACCUGAGCUGUAAUCAAAUAAAAAACACAGGAGUGAAUCACUUAUGUGACGUACUGAAGGAUUCACGCUGUAAACUGGAGAGAUUGAGUCUUUUUAAAUGUGGCAUUACAGAUGUUUCUUAUUUAACUCCGUCUUUGACAAACACAAAAGCUCUGCAGUUUCUAAAACUGCUUGAUCUGGGUGAUAAUAAGAUUGGAGACUCAAAGCAGAAGCUCAUUGAUGUGCUACGAGACUCAAACUGUAAACUGAUAGUAGAUAGAUAGAGAUGCAUCACCAAAAGAUGAUAAAUGCUGUAUAUCAUAAUGUGAAGUGUUCUUGAGAGGAGCAGUAAACAUCAGCUGAAGAUCCACAGAAGAGCUUCACUACUGUGUCUAUGAGGAGAAAUAAAUGUGUGAUAAAUGUGUAAAUGUGAUCCAUACAGGUGAAGAGACUCAGACUUUACAAUGAAAUAAUGCAGCAUUUGUGUUAGAAACAUGAUAUUGAAUGAUUAAUGUUGCUUUAGUAUUCAAGCAGAUGAUCAUUGUGUUUAAUGUAAAGCUGGAACAGAGGAGGAAGAAGCUCAGAUGAGUCUGUCUGGAUCUUCAGUUUAAUAAUAUUUGUAUUAAACUCAUUCAUAAUGA